AGUGACUGCCCCCAAGAGCAGACAGUGUAGUAGACACCCACCUCGACCCACUUGUGCUCAGAACAGAACAGCGUGCCAUCUAGCCAAGAUGAAAGUGCUGUGGCUCACUGUGGUCCUUAUAAUUGGGAUCUCAAUUACACAUGGCGAAGAUAAGCAGGGUUGCACAAAGCAGACAUCUGUCCCAGAAGCAGCAGAAUCAGGGCAGGAACCAGCCAAGUCCAAGAAGCCUUCUGGCAAGCAGGGUUGCGCAAAGCAGACAUCUGUCCCAGAAGCAGCAGAAUCAGGGCAGCAACCAGUCAAGUCCAAGAAGCCUUCUGGCAAGAAAAACAAAAAUCCACAAACUUAUUUUCCUGGAGCAAGAGUGUUCUUAGGAGGACAAAAUAACGUUGAUGACAUCUUACAGCAAAAAUUGGCACAAAACCAGGUUAAACAGAAAUGGAGAAGACAUGACCACAGUGAUACUAUACCACUGACUUCCAGCAUAUCCAGUGAUUUUGCUAAGACUUUACUUCAUCGAAUUUCUGGUGGUCACGAUAUGUCUCAUCAUGCCAGCCAAAUGGAAAACGAUCACAGCAACAGGUCCUGGUCUUGUAUCGACUGUCAUGCGACUCAUAAGGACAAUAGUUCAGAGCAUCAUUCCGAACAUAGCAAAGCUGUUCCUGAAGCCUGGAUGUGUCGCUGCUUCAAAGCACACAUUGCUGGAAAUGAAAGCCAUGAAGUUCCACACAAAGGCAAUUCCUCAAAGGCUGAUGAUACUAUCAAACAUGAGGACAAAGAAGAACACAAAACUGUGCCGAUGUUGUGCCUUCAGUGCUCUCCACACAAUGAAAGUGACCACACAGUGGCUUCUUGUGGCAAGGUUCAUCAGCGAAGGAAAAGAACCGAUUUUGAUUACUUAAUAACUCUAUCUGGAACAAACCACAUUAAACCAGCUUUUAUUGAGCAGCAAGAACGUCAUGGUAAAAAAGAGUGUAAAGAACACCGAAAGUCACCAAGCUGGACUUGCCAUAAAUGCAACGAGAGGAAAGAGCAUAAAGAGGAGCAUAAAGAGGAGCAUAAAGAAGCCACAGAUGCACAUUAUGGCCAUCAUGAAAAGGUUCAUCAGCGAAGGAAAAGAACCGAUUUUGAUUACUUAAUAACUUUAUCUGGAACAAACCACAUUAAACCAGCUUUUAUUGAGCAGCAAGAAUGUCAUGGUAAAAAAGAGUGUAAAGAACACCGAAAGCAUGGAAAGCAUCAUUCACGGAACAGAAGGAAUGUCAAUGCUAAUAAUCCGAAGAAAGGAAAAUUCUGCCCAGGUUGUUUUAGUGUGUUAGGGAAAAAUGAACCUCAGAAAAUCAGCCUUGCAUAAUGGUGAAUUUUAACAAUUUUUAUUUUUUCAAAAUUGCUUAGAAGAUAUUAAAAAUACCUUAGCCCAACUGCAAACUCUAUAUGAUAAUAAAAGUACACAAAAUUAUUCAAUCUAACAAAGAUGGAAAUAAACUUAUUACAUGAACAUAAUGUACUGUAACAGAUACAACCAAUUGUAGCUUCAUAGAUAAAGAGCAUCCAAAUGUUUAAUAGAAUUUUAUUGCACCGCAGUAUUUAUUAAUUAAUGUUUUUGUUUAAUUGUGCACGUUUUGUCUUGUAUCUUGAUUUAUAUUGAAAUCAAAGGUUACCUGCACUAUGCCAGUUGCUACCAUGUACUCUGUAUGAUAUAAUAAUACAAAUUUGUGAACUCA